AUGCAGCCCGCGGACUACGACCGGUUCAAGCCGUUCUUCAGCAAGGUGAUUGCGGACUACCACGGCGUUGCCGAGGAUGCCAAGCACGUGAACAGCUGGGACCUGUCUGGGGUUGAGGGCCUUCCUGAGGGCGGCAAGCUCGACCUUGCGGCACUUGGGCUGCCAGCCCUGAGCAUGCGCGUGCGCGUUGGACGCAACCUUGCUGACUUCCCACUGCCAGGCGCCAUGACGCAGGAGGACCGCGUCAGCCUCGAGAAGAAGAUGUGCGAGGCGUUUGAGAAGCUCAAGGCAAUGCCCGAGUACGGGGGCGGGUACAACUCGCUGACGCCCGGGCACCCGGACAAGAUCAGCGACGAGGAGUACAAGCAGCUGGUGGCGGACCACAUCAUGUUCAAGGACAUGGCGGCAGACCCGUACCUGGCGAGCGCGGGCAUUGCGUCUGACUGGCCGUACGGGCGCGGGUGCUACGUGUCUGAGGACCGCGGGUUUGUGAUCUGGGUUGGCGAGGAGGACCACCUGCGCAUCAUGUGCAUGAAGAAGGGCACGGUGCUGAACGACGUGUUUGACCGGCUCAAGACGGCGCUUGAUGUUGUGAGCGGGAUUGAGGGCCUGUCGUUUGCCAUGUCGCCAGACUACGGCGUUGUGACGAGCUGCCCGACGAACCUGGGCACGGGGAUGCGCGCGAGCGUGCACAUUGGGCUUCCGAAGCUGACGGCUGACGGGACAGAUGCCAAGGCGAAGGAGGUGUGCAAGCCGCUUGGGCUGAGUGUGCGCGGGAUUGGCGGAGAGCACACGCCGAUUGGCGAGGGCGGUGUGUGCGACAUCUCGCCACGCGCGCGCUUCUGCAUCACGGAGGCGGAGAUCAUCUGCGCGCUGUACAAGGGCAUCAAGCUGCUCAAGGAGAAGGAGGACGCGGCCAGCGACGAGUCCACGGCUUGAUC